GGCCCCGUGCCCGUGUGUUUGUGUGUGUCAGUGUGUUGGUGUGUCCCUCUCUCUGUGAGUGUGUGUUUGGGUGAGAGAUUGUGCCUGCUGCUGGACAACUGGAGCAAUGCCCUGCUGAUUGAUCAGACCCGAACAAGAACGUUUUAAGUGCAACCAAAAGAGUGUAUCCAAGCAGAGAGUAACCAUGCAGUCAGCGGCAACAGCACAACCUAGUGGCAGCGGCGCGCAUACGCCCGUCAAUCCCACGUCCAGCUCCUCCUCCGUCACGGGCGCAGGCACAGCAGCUGCCAGCACCAGCACCCCCAUCAGGAUCAACAGCGCCAAGCACUCUGGUGGCGGGGAUUCCCUGCUGCCCUCGCUGGGACUUUCUGGCGUCAGUGGGUCGGGUGCGUCCACCUCCCACUCGAUGCCCGGCACACCGCAGCAGUCCAGCAGUGUGCCAACGGGCAGCCAUUUGCAGUUGCAGACUCCGAGCGUCACUGGUGGCGCCGUGACGCCAUCCGGCCUCUCGAUGGGCGCCUCGAAUCAAUCGCUGGGUGUGAGCGUCGGUGCUGCCAGCAGUGUUGGUGGCAUCAGCAUUACGCCACCGAACAGUGCUGGCCUCCGUCAAACGACAGUAUUCGAUUUCAAAUUCAAACGGCGACCAUCGCUAAAAGUGCUCUUAACGAAACUGCCAUCCACAGACAGUUUGAGCAACAGUCCGGCGCCAUCAUCGCCAGGAAUCGCCAAUUGGGCCUCUGACAAUCGUGACGGUAAUGUGGCAGAUAAGUCUGCUGCUGAUGCCGCCAAACUCAAUCGAAAAGAGUCGUACAAGGCCCAGAGGAAGAAUUACAGAAAAGAGAAGAAACGAGUGGCCAGCGAGCUGAUGAAUUCCCUACAGGAUCCAGCCGUCAUUGUGCUAGCCGACUGGCUAAAGGUCCGAGGCACACUCAAGUCCUGGACAAAGCUGUGGUGUGUGCUCAAGCCGGGACUGCUGUUGAUCUACAAGAGCCAGAAGACCAAGAGUAGUCAUUGGGUGGGCACAGUGAUGCUCACCUCAUGCCAGGUGAUCGAACGGCCCAGCAAGAAGGAUGGCUUCUGCUUUAAGCUCUUCCAUCCCCUGGAGCAGUCCAUUUGGGCGCCACGCGGACCCGACAAGGAGACAAUCGGUGCCGUUGUCCAGCCAUUACCAACCGCCUACCUGAUCUUUCGAGCGCCCAGCCAGGCGGCUGGUAAAUGCUGGAUGGAUGCCCUGGAGCUGUCCCUGCGCUGCUCCGCGCUGUUGCUGCGCUCCAACAGCAGCACAGCGCCGUCCAGCACGUAUGUGGGAGAGCCGCUGCUGCCCGUCUCCCACGAGACGCAAUGGUCGGAGGCGGAUUACGAGAAGCACUUCAAUGACCAUGGUAAGUUCGGUCAGUUUCUGACGCUGCCGCCCGACACGGAAUCCACCUCGCGUUCCGACAGCAGCCAGCUGCCCUCGCGGGCACAGACUCCGCUGCUGCAGCAGCUGUACAGCAGCGCCGUCAGCAAUUGGGAGCGCACCAAGCGGCUGCCACACUUUCGGCAGCACUCGGAUCAGCGAAAGAGCUCCUGCAGCGAUGCCUCGUCCAGCUGCGAUUACGCUUUGGGCACCCAGCGCAAGCGUCGCCUUCUGAGCCCCGUCAGCAAGUCGCUGUCCCUGGGCGGAUCAGGGCCAAUGGGCAGCAGCAGCUCCAGCGAUGAGAACGAGGAUGACUAUGACACCAGAAGCGUGCUCAGCCAGGCCCCAUCAGGCCCACGGCCAGUGAGCGCUCCGCCCGACUGCUUGGUGCCGCCCCGUUUCCGUCUCAAUGUGAAGGAUCUGGACGCGGACAGUCAGAAUGAGGCGCCCAAUGCGGCCAUGUCGGGUCAGGAGUCAGAAUCGGAGUCGGAUGCGGGCGAGCCACAACAGGAGGAUACUCUAGAGCAAGCGGCCUGUGUGGAGACUACGUAUGCUCCCUUCACCGAAGAGGAGUUUGGAGAGCAAGGGGAACAGGUGGAGGAGUUGGCCGAUGAGAACAAGAGCCUCAUUUGGUGCAUUGUCAAGCAGGUGCGGCCUGGCAUGGAUCUGAGCAAGGUGGUGCUGCCCACAUUCAUCCUCGAGCCGCGCUCGUUUCUGGACAAACUUUCCGACUCGUAUUACCACGCAGAUUUGCUCUCCAAGGCCGUGCAGGAGGACGAUGCAUUCACGCGCAUGAAGAUCAUCGUGCAAUGGUACCUGUCCAGCUUCUACAAAAAGCCCAAGGGUCUGAAGAAGCCCUACAAUCCCAUAUUGGGUGAGACUUUCCGCUGCUAUUGGCAGCAUCCGGGCGGCAGUCGAACAUUCUAUAUUGCCGAACAGGUGUCGCAUCAUCCGCCGGUGUCGGCAUUUUAUGUCACGAAUCGCGAGGAUGGCUUCAGCAUCACCUGCUCCAUCUUGGCGAAAUCGAAGUUCUACGGCAAUAGCACCUCCGCCGUCCUUGAGGGGGCGGCCACGAUGACGCUAUUGCCGCGCGGUGAAUGCUACAUUGCGUCCACGCCCUACGCCCACUGCAAGGGUAUACUGAUGGGUACGCUGUCCAUGGAGCUGGGCGGCAAGAUAAACAUCGAGUGCGAGAACACCGGUUACAGGACAGAGUUAGAGUUCAAGCUGAAGCCAUUCCUCGGCGGCUCCGAGUCCACCAAUGUCGUCGUGGGCAAAAUCAAGCUGGGCAAGGAGACGCUGGCCACCAUAAACGGGCACUGGGACAAGGAGUGCCGCAUCAAGGACAGCAAGACGGGCGAGGAAACCCUUCUGUUUAAGGUGGAUAGCGAUCUGCGGGCCAAGCGUCUGCCCCGGUAUCUGGUGCCCAUCGAGUCGCAGGAGCCGAACGAGUCGCAACGCCUUUGGGAGCGUGUCUCUGAGGCCAUUGCACGCGAGGAUCAGGUGGCCGCCACCGAAGAGAAGACCAUCCUGGAGGAGAAGCAGCGUGGCGAGGCCAAGGAACGUGCCAGCAUCGAAGCACCGCAUGUGCCCAAUCUCUUCGAGCUGGACAGCUACGGCCAGUGGAUAUACAAGUACGCGGACCUUCGGCCCUGGGAUGUCCGGAACGAUGUGCGGCAGUAUGAGUGCCAGUACAAGGUGCUGACACAGACGCGCCACAAGUCGGUGCCCAUUGUGCAUGGGGCCGAGUUGAUGCAUCCCCUGCGGAGCUCCCUCGAACCGGUGGCCCGCUCGCACAGACAAUCGGGUGCAGCCUCCUCGAAGGCGCCCAAGGCCAAGAACAAGAGCCUGGUGCUGGCGCCACGAGACACCAACUCGGACUCCAGCCAGUCGCCCCAGGGUGUGGUCAAGCGCAGCUCCUCCAGCUCCAUUAAGCAAAUCAACUUGGCCCUCGAUCAGGUCAAUCGCGUGCUGGAGGUGCACUCGAAGCAGUUGAACGAUAUAAGCCAGCGACUAGAGCGCAUGCAGUACGCACCCCCGCCGCACCUGAGACCGGGCUCACAGAAUAUGCUGGGCGGCGGUGUGGCCCUGUCGACGGUGAUCAAGUCACUGAUCUACGCUCUCAUUGGGCUGACUUUUAGCCUCAUUCUGCGCUGGCUGUUCAAGUAGACGGACAGCAGUAGUUCCGGGCGCAAUUUGCUUAUAUUUAAGAAGAUUUUGGUCAAAGUUUAGAUAACUUAUAAUACACACCCCACUAUAUUACAGAUCCAGACUGUACGCAACUCUAUUGUAUUGCCUUUUCCCCGCUGCCAGAGAUGUGCAGCUAGAAGCUACAUUUGCGCGAGAAUCCAAUCACGAACUAAGUCAUAAGUGUUUGCCCCGUACCAUCCCUUCUAAAGCUCCUCCUCUAAAACCCUUUUUUGGGUAGGCUAGGCUAGCGAAUAAAUAAGUAUCUAUAUAGAAUAUAUCUACACACACAUAUAUACUAUAAAUAUAUCUAGUAUAGUUGCACCAGAAUUCGUAAAAAUUCCAAUAUCUUCGAUACAACUAUUUAGGCUAGUUCGCUUUUUUCCGUUUUGUUCUUGUUGUUGUCUCCUUCUUUAAGUAAUUGUACGGAUAUAUAUAUGUAACCCCUUUAUAACCCCCCACCUCGACUACCAUUUAGAGUGAGUUACGAGAAACGAACAAUGCUCGAGAGGCUAUCAUCUGCUCGACGCUACCCGCACCAACCUAGAGAUUUAAAUGCGAAAAGUGCUUAUAAUAUGUAUCUAAUUUUAGUCUUACGUCCUAUACACAUGACCUGUUUUUCCCUGUAUUCCUGCCCCGACCCACAAGACCUGUAAGCAUUUCACUUGAAAUGCAUAUUUAAUAAACUAUCUUUUUUCAAAUCAAA